AUGGCUGUUCCGACCCAGCAGAAGCCGGUCCAGGUUCCGACCCAGCAGAAGCCGGUCCAGGUUCCGACCCAGCAGAAGCAGGUCCAGGUUCCGACCCAGCAGAAGCAAGUCCAGGUUCCUCCACAGACCCUGAAGGUGUCUCCUCAGAAGAACGCCUCCACUCAGCUGAAAAGUGUGGCGCAGCAGGUGGCCCUGCAGUCCAGCACUGUGGUCCAGUCAGAACCUACAAGGAUUCAGAUCCAAGUUCCUCCUAAGCAGGAGGUGAAAACACUGCAGCAGAAGACGGUGACCAUCAGUCACCCUCAGGUGAAGCUGUCAGCCGGUCUGAGCAACGCGCAGAUCAUCCACAUCCAGCCCAUGGUGGGUCAGCAGGGUCAGCAGAUCCUGCUGCAGCAGAACCCAGGGGAGCCCGCCAUACAGCUGCUGCUGCAGAACGCCACCCCUGUGGUCGGGUCUCUGCUGCCCCUGGUCCACAAGGUGACAGGCCCGGCUACCGUAGCAACCAGCUCCUCCAGUCCGGGUCAAAAGCUUUCCACCAUCAGGGUGACCACGGCGUCCACUCUCAAAGAUCUGCCGGCCUCCAGCUGUAAGGCGCCUCCUUCUGCUUCUGCUAAAACUGUUAGCGUUCCUCUGGUUAAGGCGCCACACAACGGCACGGAACCAGCUGCUGGGAAGGGUCCGGUUAAAGCGGCUCCGGCGGCUCCUCAGCCCACCACCCUGACUGUGGCCCCCAAAGCGGCCCCGGUAACCCUAGCCUCUGGUGUCAAGGAGAGAGACAGAGAGAAAGAGAAGAAGAAGGCCAAGAAAAAAGAGAAGAAGGCGUUGAAGGUCCAAACCCGGUCCGGUCGGGUUUCCAGGCCGCCCAAGUACAAAGCUAAGGACUACAAGUUCAUAAAGACGGAGGACCUGGCUGAGAGCCACCAAUCGGACUCGGACGAUUAUUCUGACAUGAGUGUGGAGGAGGAGGAGAAUGGCAAACGGGCUGGGUCCGGUUCCGACAGCCCUUCGUCUGCCAGCUACAGCCUGAAGUCCCGGCGCCAUCGGUGUCAGAUCUGCGAUAAGGCCUACAUUGGUCCUGGAGGCCUGAACCGACACUACAAGCUGAACCCGACCCACGGAGAACCAGAUUUUUCCAGUGUGCCGGAACCAGAGCAGAGCCGAGGGGAUCCGAAGGCAGAGGAGGCCAUGAAAGAGGAGGAGGACGACGGCGAGGAGGAGGAAGAGGAGGAGGAGGAGGAGGAGGACAAACCUGCUGCCGUGGCAACAAACAAUGGAGACCGCGGCCGUGUGGAAACCGAAGGACUCGGCAUCCUUCAGCACCGCGGCCCCGGGCGCCCCAGGGGCCGGGGGAGAGGAAGAGGACGGGGGAGAGGAAGAGGCAGGGGCCGAGGCCGAUCCCUGGGGCCUCCUCCUAAGGUGACAGUUGGGCUGGUGGGUAGACCCGGUCGUCGAGGGCGACCCCCGAAGCUUGGCGUCCUCCCAGUGACUGUGAAGCAGCAGGCAGAGAGGAGACAGCAAAGGCUGCAGGAGCUGGUGGAGCAGUGUGAGGAUGAAGAACUGAUGGAGGUCGUUCUUCCUCGUUUGACCAGUAUGUUAAGUCUGUGGGAGCUGCUGCUGGCAAAGCUGGACUGCAAGAGUUCGGCCUGCAGCAGUUUCCCAGACAUCUACCACGAGUUUGAAUCUCUGCACGGCCAAGUUAGACAGACUGCACAGGACUACAUCUCCAGUCCUCUAGGUGGAGCCAUGCCGGUGGAGGUCAGGAACAUCGAGGUGGCAAGGUCUCUGGGGAUCCUGGAUGAGGUGAACAAGAUGAAAGUGGUUCCUGGAGCGGCCCCAGUCUCGGGUGUGAACAGUAAAAAUGUGCGGUACAUGGGGAACUCCAAGAUGUUGCCGCCAUCGAAGAGAUUUAAGAUGGAAAACAACAUUGGAGAUCACCAGAACGGCACCGAGGCGCCGAGAGCAGGUGCCGCUCCGGUGACCUCGGCCCCUUCCCCUCUGCUGAAGUCCUGUUCCGUCUCCAUGUCUCCCCUGGAUAUUUCAGGUGGAUCCAAAGUUCUGACCAGCUCUACUGAACCUACCUCCAGCUCUUCUGCCACCUCCCCUGCUGCACCACCUCCCACCCUGGUCCCACCUCCUGCCAGCCCCCUGGAGGAGCAGAAGGAGGCGCCGGAGCCCUCAGUCCAGGACGAAGACAUGGCCGACGCCUCUGACCAGAUGACUCAACCAGACGGCGCUCCUAGUUCCAGCCCUAAGGGAACCACAGACACUCAGACGCUGGAGUCCAGCCCCCCCCAACCCUCAGCCUCCUCCAAGCCUGAUCCUGGGUCUGCAGAGCCCAGGGAGCUGCAGGCGGGGCAGGAGAUCUACAUCCAGACCGAGGGGCUGACGGUCCAGCUGGCUGAGCCGGGGUCGGACGGGAUCGUCAUCGUCAACGGGCCAGACGGAACCACCAUGCACAUCCAGACCCCAGAAGGAGUUCCCCUGGAGGCGGUGCAGGCUCUGCUGGGCAUCGAGGCUUCAGACGGAGACAAACCUCCUCAGCAGAGCCAAGACUGAGCUCAGCUCCCCCCGAACAGUACCGCUGAUGAAGGGGCCUGAAAACGGGCGGGCGAGCGGGUGCUCUGGGUCAGCGCCAGCCGAUGGGCGGCCGGGUCGAGUCCACAAACACCCGACUGUUGGCAGAGCAGGAGGCAGGGACAGAGGGGGCUGCAGCACCUCCUCCUACGACAGGUUGGAAUCUAGAAGGAGGUCCAGCCGCUCUGAAUAUUGGAACCAUGGGGGGGGGGGCAUAUCCCACAUGACAAUCGGUCCUUCAGAACCUUUCAUUUCUCCUGUUUUACGUUGCUGGUCCGGCCCCUCCCCCUCUGACUGUCUGCACUUCAUUUGUUCGUUUUUAUUUUUCUGUUUCUGAAAUAAAUAUUUUUCAGAAAUCAAACGCAUGAAAUGACGGAUUAAAUGGGGGGGGGCGCCUUGCUUUGGUCCGUAUUUGGGUUCUGCAGAGGUCCGUCUGUCCCGUUUGGACCAUUAAACCCUACAGAUCCUCAUACUGGGACCAGUUUGCUUCUGUCUCUGGUGUGGGCUGGGAUCCCGGCCCCCAGCCUUUGUGUUUGUGUCAGGUGGGUGCGGGGCUCCAGAACAUUCGUUUCCUGGAGGAUCAAGUGCGGAACGCUGAAGAGGAACCAGAGUUUUCCCGGAAUAAGGUGGUUUUCUUAACGCCGUAGGAUCUGGUGUUUCAUCAGAGGAGAGAAUCCUGACCCAGAAGCCUUUGCAGUGAUGGCGAAGCGCUGAGCUCCGCUGCUGCCAGGACCUUUGAACAUCUCUACAUCUCUUCCGUGUUUUUACCACAUACGCAUUUAAAACUAGAAGGUUGGAUGUUUAUAUGUAGAUAAAGACCAUGAACAAAGUUAAAGAGUUUCACUAUUUUAUUACUUUUUAUAAAGCAUCAGUCAUGUCUUUGAAGCGGGGGGGUCAGUAUCCACUACAUGUUACCUUCUUCCAAUAAAGCCCUGAUAGAAACCG